AUGUUCUUAGCUAAUUCACAGUCAAAUUUUAAUGUUAUUCAACCUAUACCCCGAUUUUAUACUACUCGAUUUGGUCGUUAUACGAAAAUAGAUGAUGAUGAUAAUGAACAUGAUGAUAAUAAUCAUGAAUAUAAAAUUAAUCAGUUUAAUCAAGUGCCAAAUUUAGCUACAAAUGAAAAUAAUAAUUCAUUAAUUACAAUAACUGGUAUACGAAAUCGUGAUUGGAAUUUUCAUGAUAAUCCAAAAGAUUUUAAUGAUAAAGAUAUACCUCAUAUUAAAUAUCAAGUAAUUCCAUCUAUUAGUAAUACAAUUAAAAAUCGUUCAUCAAAUUGUACUAUAGAUAAUACUAAAAAUCAAUAUGAAGAAUAUGAUCUUGAUGAACAGGAUUUUCAAUGGCUUAUUGCAUAUAAUCAAUUUCGUACUGAAAAUCAUUUACCUGAAUUAGAUGAAAAUAUUUUUGAAUACAUCAUGCAAUUAUUUGAACAACAAUGUAUAUUUGCUCUACGACAGAAAAACUAUGCUGAUACAAUUCAAUGUGAUGCUUGUUUUCGUAUUGAUGAUGUUGAUGAUCUUAUCCAAUGUACACAAUGCAAAACAAUUAUUCAUAAAAAAUGUUAUGGAUUGGAUGUAAAUCAAAAUCAAUGGAUAUGUAGUUCAUGUCAAUUUGAUGAUAAUCAACAACGAUGUUGUAUAUGUGAUAAAAAUCGAGGAAUUUUGAAAGUGUUAAAAUCAUCGCCAGAUGAACAAUGGAUUCACCCAUUAUGUGCAUUUUGGUUUCCCGAAAUUGUAUUCGAUGAACAAAUGACACCGAUUUUAAAAGAUAUUCCUCCAGAAAACGAUGGAUUAUGCUUAUUAUGUUAUAAAGCAAUUGGUGUAAAAAUAAAUUGUUGUUGGAAAAAUUGUCAAAAUCAAUUUCAUGCAAAAUGUGCAAUAGAAUUUGGUCUAGAUAUGUUUAUUGCUGAAAAUGAUGAUAAUACUUCAAUUCGAUUACUUGCACUUUGUCAACGACAUACAGAAAAACUUGAUUCAUCAGAAAAACGAAUACGAAUGAAUAAAUUUCUCGAAACUAAACAAAAACGAUUCGAACAAUUUGCUUCAUAUAUUAAUUUAGAUAAAAUUAAAGAACAAACUACAAUUCUUCCAGAUAUUCUUGAAAGUAUUCAUGCAUAUUGGAUUCUUAAACGACAAACGAACAAUUGUCGGCCUUUGAUUGAUUUACCAGAUGAUAUUUUCUAUCAUGAAUAUGAUAAAAAUAUAAAUUUAGUAGAAUUUGCUCGUCAAUAUCAUUUAGAAUAUCAAAAUCAUGAUGCAGAUCUUAUCGAAGAAAAAUCUAAUAUGUUACAAUUUCUUGCUACAAAUAUGCCAACAUCAAUUCCAUUGAUUAAUAAUAUAUUUGUUAAAUUUGCUCGACGUCAUCGAAUAUAUUUUAAUGACUAUGAAAGAAAUCGAUUUUGUUUAUUAGAUGAUUAUACAAGUGAACGAAUUGUACAGGAUGCAUUAGAUAAUGCAAAACAAAAUCGAACAACAAUUGUAGUUGCACAUCGUCUAAGUACUAUUCGAAACGCAGACAUAAUUAUUGGAUUGAAUAAUGGACAAAUAGUUGAGCAUGGAACACAUGAUGAACUAAUGGAAAGCAAAGGACUUUAUUAUGAACAAGUAAAUGAACAAGGUGCAGAUGAACGAUAUGAAUCAUCAUCUGAAACAGAUACGAAAGAAGAAGCUAAAAUUAAACAAUCAUACACUCAAAGAUUAUUCACUAUUCGUAAAAAGAUCAGAGAAUUGAACGACUCUAUCGAAGAGAAAGAAAUUGAUAGCACUACAACAUCAUCGUUCGAUGAUUUUAUAGAAGAAAAAGAAAAAAAACAGUUUUUUUCAUUGUUUAUAUUUCGAAUAUUAAAGUUUAACAUACCAGAAUGGCAUUGGAUCUUAAUUGGUAGUAUAGCAUCCCUUAUUUUCGGUCUUAUUGAACCAGGAUUUGCAUAUUUAUAUUCGGGAAUUUAUGGUACAUUCGGUGAAUCAAAUGAAGAUAAACAGAAACAAUUAAUGAACACGUUUACGAUUGGCAUUUUCCUUGUAGGUGUUGUUGGUGCACUUUGUCAAUUUAUUCUAAAUUCUGCACUUGGAAAAUCUGGUGAAGAACUUACAGCACGCAUGCGUAGAUUAACAUUUUCAUCUUUACUUCGACAAGAAAUAGGUUAUUAUGAAAUGAAAGAAAAUUCUAUUAAUAUUCUAAGUACACGUCUGGCAUCAGACGCAGCAGCUAUUAAGGGAUUAACAGGAAUUCGUAUUGGUAUUCUUAUGCAAGGAUUCAGUGCUUUAGUAGCGUGCUUUAUUAUAGGAUUUAUUUCGAGUUGGAAAUUGACUUUAGUUCUUUCAUCUUUCACACCCGUACUGUACUUCUCAAGCAAAUUACAAGGACAAAGACAAGGCAAUAUAAGUAAAACACAAGAUAAAGAUUCAUAUUCUGAACAGGGUGGAAAGUGUGCUUCUGAAGCAAUAAAACAUAUUCGAACUGUAGUCGCUCUCCAUCAAGAAAAUCAUUUUAUCAACAUUUAUGAACAAUUUUUUGAUCAAGAAUUCAAAAAAAAUAUGUGUCGUCUAUUUAUAAUAGCAUUGGGUGCAGCUAUUGCUAAUUCUUUGAACUUCUUUCUCAUUGCUGUUAAUUAUUCGUAUGGUAGUACGCUUGUUCAAAAAGGCGAAAUGACUUUUCAAAAUGUAUUUAGAGUCUAUGCAGUUAUCCUGAGUGCAAUAAUGAGUACUGGUCAAGCAACAGGGAAAAAUUUAGCUUAUUCUAAAGCGAGACAUGCUGCAAUACGAAUUCUAAAAUUAAUCAAACGUACAUCUCAAAUUGAUCCUCAUGAUGAUUCAGGCAUUAUUCUAGACAAGAUCACAGGUCAAAUCGAAUUUCAAAAUGUCUAUUUUCGAUAUCCAUCAAGACGAAAUGUUCAAACACUUAAGAAUUUUUCAUUAACAUGUAUAAAUAAUAGUUCUACAGCUCUGGUUGGUCCUUCAGGAAGUGGAAAAUCAACAGUAAUUGAUUUAUUACAACGAUUCUAUGAUCCAUUAGAAGGUCAAAUUCUUUUGGAUGGUUAUGAUAUUCGUACACUUAACAUUCAAUGGUUUCGUUCACUGAUGGGUCUUGUUCAACAAGAACCAGUUCUAUUCGAUAUUUCAAUACGUGAUAAUAUAGCUUAUGGUGAUAAUAGCCGAGAAGUAUCUCAAGAUGAAAUAGAAAAAGUUGCUCAAAUAGCCAAUAUUCAUGAUUUUAUUAUAACAUUACCUAAAAUGUAUAUACAAUUUUAA